AUGUUUCUUGUGGGAUUCGAGAAGCUGCUGAAAGGGCCACAGCUACGUACUGAUGAAAGGGCUUUUCAAAUAACCGGUACGGAAACGAACAGAUCAACAUUGAACGAGUUAAUCAGAGAUGAUGGAGUAAACUACUUGGACUUCUUCCCUGGCACCACCGUUGAAACAAGCAAGCUUUUUAGGACGCUUCUCACAGAAAAUCCACCCAUAAUAUUUAUGGGCGCUGAAUGGACAAACGAUCUUGGACUACAGUUGCAAGAUAUGUUUGACCAGCCAUACGAUAAUGUCGACUUGGAUGCUCUUCUCCUCUGA